GGCCGGCGCGGCGUUCCCCUGAUCGCGGGGCCCCGUACGUGUGUCCACCUCCGGCUUGCGGUGGGGGACGCCGGGACCUGACUGACCGGUUCUCGGAGCCCGCGGGGUGCUGCCCCAUCGGAAGAUUGCCUCGCAGGCCUCCCUGGCCCUGCGUGCUGAGCAGACUGGGAUGGUUCCCGGGGAGGCCCCUGAGUCUGCCCAGUGCCUGUGCCCUUUGCUGACCGGCCCGAGUGCCAAGGAUGUGCUCCGGAGGAAGCACAAGCGGAAGAGCCGACAGCACCAGCGGUUCAUGGCCCGGAAGGCCUUGCUGCAGGAGCAGGGGCUGCGGAGGGCGCCCCCAGAGCCGGCAUCCUCCCCUCCUCAUCCUCCUGUGCCGUCGGAGGCACCGCCAGGCACUGAGGCCGCCAGCCGUGGGAGGCAGCAUCUGAGGGAUGAUGAAUCUGGAGGUGCCCCGUGCGGCAGAAAGCCCACCCCCCAGGAAUGUGCUGGGCCCUUGCCCAGCAAGUGCGUGGCUAUCGACUGCGAGAUGGUGGGCACGGGACCCCGAGGGCGGGUGAGUGAGCUGGCCCGCUGCUCCGUGGUGAGUUACCACGGCGACGUCCUCUACGACAAGUACAUCCGGCCGGAGAUGCCCGUCGUGGACUAUCGCACCCGCUGGAGCGGCAUCACGCGGCAGCACAUGCGCACGGCCAUCCCCUUCCAGGUGGCCCAGCGAGAGAUCCUCAAGCUCCUGAAGGGCAAGGUGGUGGUGGGCCACGCCCUGCACAACGACUUCAAGGCCCUCAAGUACGUCCACCCUCGGAGCCAGACCCGGGACACCACCUGCGUCCCCGGCCUCCUCAGCCAGCCCGGCCUGCACCCCCGGACCCGGGUGUCUCUCAAGGACCUGGCCCUGCAGCUGCUGCACAAGAAGAUCCAGGUGGGCCGGCACGGGCACUCGUCGGUGGAAGAUGCCGUGACGGCCAUGGAGCUGUACCGGCUGGUGGAGGCGCAGUGGGAGCAGCAGGAGGCCGGCCGUCGCCGCGCCCGCCCCGAGGACAGGGAGCCUGACAGCAGCACGGACAUGGAGCAGUACAUGGAGGACCAGUACUGGCCCGAGGACCUGGGCCCUGGCCCUGGCCCCGGCGGGGGCGAGGGGGAGACGCAGGGCCGGAGGGUGUGAGGGAGCAGGGGCUUGUGGGGAGCGGGGCUGGCACAGCCAGCUCCCCCAGGUCCCAGGAGUUGGGGUCGUCUGUCCUCGGCCCCCCCCGCCCUGUGGUCUUGCUCGUGGCACUUUACAGACACCGUGAACCUGCCGGGUGGACUGGCUGCCAGGGCCCCACAGGAGCAGGGUCUGCACCCCAGGGUCUGCGUGCACUGCCGUCCCAGGCUGUCACUUCCCCGCCCCCUGGGGGGGUGGGGGCGGUGUCAGCCUCUUCCUGCUCCUCCCCUCCCUCUUCCUACCGAGGAGUCGCUGUCAGGUUCGGAGUAAACACGCCCAGAAGCUUUCAGCUGAGGUGACUCCUGAGACGGGCUCCCUCUCUCUCCAGCGGGGCUCUGGCUGCAGCGGUGCCAGAGGAGCUGGUGGCGGCUCCGCGGGGCCUGCGGGCUCCUGGGGCGCCGCCCCUCGCUCUCUCGGCACCGAGAGCAGGGCCGCUGUUCCGCACGCACAGGGAGGGCGGACAAGCUUCGGGUGGGGAUCGGCAUGUUUGCUUUGAACCAGAUCAGGCGUCUCCCCUGCCCACUCAACACUAGGCUCUCUGGAGCCAAACCCUGAGAACCAGGACGGUGGCUUGAGAUCCGGGUCGCCCGUGCACAGCUGCACCCACGGGACCUUAUGUAUUUAUUAAGAGCAAGGCCACCGGGGAGCGGAAUCUGCGUGUCCGCCGGGGCUGGGGCGCCGGCAGCUGUGCGCCGUGCCCGCCCUUGGCAACCGGGCACUGUGGCUGAUGCUGUGCCAGCUGGGUUUUCUCCGGGUCUCUCAAGUGAUCUGUCAGGAUUCCACCCCCAGCCCUAUUUUCCCAGGGCAGAUUGGGGGUACUGGGGUAACCAAAAGCUCAGGUCAUGCAGGCCUUUAAGCCCCGCAUUCGCUUGUCCUUGUCAUGUAAUGGCUUUGAGGCCUCAGGCACCUGUGUGACUUCACUCUUGAGCUGCUUCCCUCAUCCACGGAGUGGGGACAGGGAUACAACCUACCUCGUGGGGUUGUUAGGAGGAUGAAGUGCUAGCACCCAGCACGGUGCCCGGCACAUAGUAGGCCCUGGUGCGUGUGAGCUGCUGUUCUUGGAGGAUUCGUUCCAGCCUCUUCAGGAUAACACCUGAACAUGCCCCAGGUUGAGGGACUUUGGCCCAGAUAGACCCGUGCUUGCGUGGCUGUCCCAGCAGGUGAGGCUUGGGCCCGUGGUGAGGACACCAUAUGGGGGUUCGGGGUUCUCGCUGCUCCACGGCGUGCGGCCCCCGUGUGCCCUGUGUCCCUGUGCCGCGUGCAGCCGGCGACAGGGUUUCUCACAGCAGUCCGAGCCCAGCAGCAGGGCCAGGGAGGGCGAGGCACCGCAGAGGCCACAACUGCUGUGAACCUGGGGCCACCCACUGCGCCCCUGACUGCAGGGCGGGCGGGGAGCUGGCUGAGUCACUGCCCGCUGCUGGCCCGGCUCCAGCGCUUCCUUCCGGGUUCCUUGGGAGUCCAGCCGACGCCACAUGCACGGCUGGCAGCAACCUCUGCUCUUCCAUCUGUGGGUGGAAGGAAGAGGAGACCGUUCAGGGCGUCCCAGACGUGGCCUGGGUUCUAAAUCCGCCUUGUUGGGAAAGUGUUCUGAAUAAAGCACUAUUGGGAA